AUGCCUAAAACAGUUACACGUUUACAGCAUGAGAACUUCAGGAAACAACAGACUGAAAAAAUAAAGGACCAAGAAAUCAGUUCCAAGGUGUAUUUCCUGAAGCAGACAGUCAGCAACUCCUGUGGGACAAUUGGUCUGAUACAUGCAGUUGCUAAUAAUAAAGACAAACUGAAGCUUGAUGAGGGGUCUGCCCUGAAGAAGUUUCUUGAGGAAACAGCUGAUCUGUCUCCUGAAGAGAGAGCUAAGCAUUUGGCAAAUAAUAAGGCUAUACAAGAAGUCCACAAUUCUGUUGCACAAGAAGGACAAUGUCGGGUUGAGGACAACAGUGUGAACUUCCACUUCAUCCUGUUUGUCAAUGUGGAUGGACAUCUGUAUGAAUUGGAUGGGCGUAUGCCAUUCCCUGUAAACCAUGGCACAAGCUCAGAUGACUUGCUAUUGAAGGAUUCUGCUAAGAUCUGCAGACAAUUUACAGAACGUGAAAAAGGAGAAGUUCGUUUUUCUGCUGUGGCUUUCUGCAAGUCUGCCUGA